AUGCUAAUGGGUGGAGCAAAUCUCUCUGUGGUAUCAGAGUUUGUAUUUCUUGGACUCACCAACUCUUGGGACAUCCAGCUUCUUCUCUUUAUGUUCUCAUCUAUGUUUUAUGUGGCAAGCAUGAUGGGAAACUCCCUCAUUAUUUUUACUGUGGCUUCAGACCCUCACUUACACUCUCCAAUGUAUUUUCUGCUGGCUAACCUCUCCUUCAUUGACCUAGGUGUUUCUUCUGUUACUUCCCCCAAGAUGAUAUACGAUCUGUUCAAAAAGCACAAAGUCAUCUCCUUUAGAGGUUGUGUUAUCCAGAUCUUUUCCAUUCAUGUCAUUGGUGGUGUGGAGAUGGUUUUACUCAUAGCUAUGGCCUUUGAUAGAUAUGUAGCCAUAUGUAAACCUCUCCAUUACCUGACUAUUUUGAGUCCAAGAAUGUGUCUCUUCUUUGUAGUGAUUGCCUGGUUAGUUGGCCUUAUACAUUCUUUGGUUCAGUUGGCUUUUGUCAUAAAUUUACCUUUCUGUGGACCAAAUGUGUUGGACAGCUUCUACUGUGAUCUUCCCCAGUUCAUCAAGCUUGCUUGCAUAGACACUCACAAACUAGAAUUCAUGGUCACAGCCAACAGUGGAUUUAUCUCUGUGGGCUCCUUCUUCAUACUGAUAAUCUCAUAUAUUUUCAUCAUAAUCUCUGUACAAAAACACUCUUCAAGUGGUUUCUCUAAAGCCCUAUCCACACUGUCAGCUCAUAUCUUAGUAGUGGUCUUAUUUUUUGGUCCUUUGAUAUUUGUUUAUACAUGGCCAUCUCCUUCCAUACACUUUGAUAAAUUUCUGGCCAUAUUUGAUGCAGUUAUCACUCUUUUUCUGAAUCCUGUGAUCUAUACACUAAGGAAUCAAGAAAUGAAGAUGGCAAUGAAGAAAAUGUUCAAACAGCUACUGGGUUAUAGAAAGAUCUCUUAA